AACAUACUACAAUGGACGACGGUCUUUUAAGACUUUUUAGCUCUUGUUAGAUAAAGAGAGCACGGAGAGUGAAGCGACGUCGUUUUUGGGUAAGGUUUGGAGAAGGUAUGUCGCUGGUAGACUACGACGAUUCUUCUUCAUCCGACGACGAUGUAUUACCUGCUGCGGCGGAGCACAAGGAAGCUCUGCCACAAUCACAACCGCAACAGAAACUGAAACCCUCUCCAACUCCUUCAAUUACACGGAGAUGUUUAGAGGAGAAGGAAGAAAGUGGAGAGCUUCCUCAGCUACCAGAUGCUUUACUUCUUCUGGAGUCACCGAGACUCACACAUGUGAGUGGAAAUGACCAUGCCUCCGUUGUUGCAGCUGCAAUGGCCGAAAGUGCAUUACGGAAACGAGAGUUCAAUGGGAAAUCUUCUUCUCUUCCUCGUCGUUCCAAGCUACCAAAGGGGAAUCUGCCUCAUUCUAAGAAUAGCCCAGAUACUUUGGGUAAUGUGCUUGUGCCUCCUCAGCUCAAAGGAAGGAGUAAUGUUGCCACAGAAGAUAUGAGCAGGCUUUUUGUGAAAAAACGACUAGACUCCUCCAAGGAAAGAUCUCCUAAUCAGGAAUAGUAUCGUUAUAUGGCUCUUUCUUUACCCGCAGAAAAGAAAAUCAAAAACUUGGUUUAAUCUCAACGGUUUAACCUAGCUCUGUUCUUGAUUGGUUUAGCCUUAAUUCCCACAAGUGUCAGGUGCUUGAAGUUUGAAGUUAUGCGUAUAAGUUCUUUUUUCAAAAGUUUAAAGCAUAUUGUUUUCGAGUGUUUUUUUUGUUCUA